GCGAUGAACAAGCUACGGCAGAGCUUCCGGCGGAAGAAGGACAUCUACGUACCCGAGUCCAGCAGGCCGCACCAGUGGCAGACAGAUGAGGAGGCGGUCCGCAGCGGGAAAUGCAGCUUUGCAGUCAAGUACUUGGGACACGUGGAGGUGGAAGAGUCGCGAGGCAUGCACAUCUGCGAGGACGCAGUCAAGCGGCUGAAGACGGACAGGAAAUUCUUCAAAGGAUUCUUUUCCAAAGCUGGGAAGAAGGCAGUGCGCGCAGUGCUUUGGGUGUCAGCAGACGGUCUCCGUGUGGUUGACGACAAAACUAAGGACUUGAUACUAGACCAGACGAUUGAGAAGGUGUCAUUUUGUGCGCCGGACCGGAACUUCGAGAGAGCAUUUUCGUACAUCUGCAGGGACGGGACGACGCGGCGCUGGAUAUGCCACUGCUUCAUGGCCAUCAAAGACUCGGGAGAGCGGCUCAGUCAUGCCGUGGGCUGCGCCUUCGCCGCUUGCCUGGAGCGCAAGCAAAAGCGGGAGAAAGAGUGCGGCGUCACGGCCACAUUUGACGCCAACAGAACCACCUUUACCCGCGAGGGCUCCUUCCGUGUCACCACUGCCACGGAGGCAGCUGAGCGGGAGGAAGUCAUGAGGCAGCUGCAGGACUCUAAAAAAGCAGAGAAUGACGCAACGGUGGCGGGGAACUCCUCUGGCGGUGGCGGCGUGAUAAACGUGUCUGCCAUUCAGUCGGGUGGCUCACCAUCGCCCUCGUCCUCGCCGCCACUGCCCCUGGGCACCCUGGGCCCGCAGGCCAUACCGCGCCGACACGCCCCUGCCGAGGCGCUGGCGAGGCAGGGCUCCUUCCGCGGCUUCCCGGCACUCAGCCAGAAGACGUCACCCUUCAAGCGCCAGCUGUCGUUGCGCAUGAACGAACUGCCUUCCACUGUACAGCGCAAGUCCGACUUCCCAAUCAGGAAUGCGGUGCCGGAGUUGGAAGGAGAGAAUGACAGCAUAAGCUCGUUGUGCAGCCAGAUUACCACAGCGUUUAGCGGACCUCCAGAAGACCCCUUUUCCUCAGCGCCUAUGCCCAAAGCUCUCGCCUCGCCGCAGUCGCCUGUUGCGCCAGUCAAUGGCUCUGCUGCUACCGCCACCGCUUCCUUUUCUGCGUCGCAUCCUCACUCUCUCCCCCCUCCCCACCUUCCCACGGCCGCUGCUGUUAACCCUCCAGCUCCGAGCUCAACAUCGUUGGCCCCCGCUCUGCCUGCCCGAGACACUAACCCCUGGGCCAAACCCUCUGUUGGGGUGCCAAGCCCUGCAGCGCCAGCGGGUGGUGAUUGGUCAUCGUCCACUCCCGUGAUCAUUGUCCCGCCAUCGUCUUCUCCAGUGUUGCCCUCACACAAGCGCACGCCCUCGGAAGCGGAAAAAUGGUUGGAGGAGGUUUCCAAGUCUGUCCGUGCACCGCCGCCCAACCCUAUCCUGGCGCCAGCCGCGUCGUUUGCUGCGCCUGUGGCGCCUGUACCCCCGGUGGCAUACGUUCCCUUGCUGCGCCCCCACCAGACUGCUUUCCACCCCAUGUCCAACGGGCUGUCCUUCCCACAGCCCAGCGUGCCCGUAGUGGGCAUCACACCCUCGCAGAUGGUGGCCAACGUCUUCGGCUCGGCGGCACAACCCCUGCCUGUUCCUGUCCCCACGCCGCCGUGCGUCGUCGUCCCUGGGUGCUUCAUCAAGCCGCCAUCCGCUGCCCCUUGCCCCGCCCCAGCACACCCUCCCGACGGCGGAGGGAGCUUCAAUGGGGCAACUGAUUGGGCCGCUUCAACCCACUUGGCCCCCCACUCCUCACCUGUUCCCGCCGUACCGCGGCAGCCGCAGGAGGAUGCCUUUGAGGCCCAGUGGGCGGCGUUGGAGGGGCGCUCACACCAGCGCACGACACCGUCACCCACCAACCCCUUCUCCACAGAAUUGCACAAGACCUUUGAGAUUCAGCUCUGA